GGAGAAUCACAGAAAUCAGGAAACAUAAUUUGCUCUUCAGCUGAUCUGCAUUUUGAUCCAGUUAUUGAGGGACAUCUGUUUUGGCUUUAUUUAUGUAAUCUCUGUACCCAACAUGAGGCUCGAACUGAUGGCGCUGAGAUCAAGAGUGGCAUGCUAUUCCGACUGAGCCCGCCAAGCGCUCCUAGAUUUUCCUCUUUUAAGAUAAGUUUUUUUCGGUUUAAUUUUAGCAGACUCUCACCAAACUCCUGGUCAUUAAAUGGAACCAUACUGAAAUGUCCUUGGUUGUGGAGCUCCGUGGGAGCUGGGUUCCCAGAGGUCACUGUUACUGCUCCCUUUCCUGGUGAUACAAGCCUUUAGUCAUGACAGGAAUACGGACUGAAGUUUUGUUUUCCAUUUCAGGAAGUCAACAAGCUGUGAAUUCAGGCGAAGCUAAAUGCCGGUUCCAAGUAGAUCUCCUACAGGGCCAGUGCCCCUCUGAACCCUCACUACGAGGAAGGGCAGAUGCUUCCUUCGGGCCUGACGGGAGGAUCGCUCUCGUGAAUCCACACAGACGUGUCGCAUGGGCUCCGAUUCCAGUAGUCCCCAGCUGCAGGGAACCUACCCGGAGAGAAGGAAUCCCAAGUCGCAGAACUCUGGCUCCCCCUGCCUUUCAGGAGGUCCCCUCCUGGGAGGGCACCCAGCACCCAAGCGCUGUCAGUGAGGAAAGCUUUUGGAAGAAGAGUCACUUAGAGAAGCACCAGAGCCACUUGAGUGACCAGCCGUGUAGGCCCUGGAAGAAAUUCAGCAAACAAGCCGAUCCACAGCAACAGCGCAGCAUCCCUCAGCGUCCGAGGCAUUUCCGGUGUCACGACUGCGGGCGGAGCUUCCACCGGAAGCGGUAUUUGCUGAGGCAUCUGGCUGUACCCGCGGGGACGAGCCCCCCGCAGGGCCCUGGAUGUAAACGGUGCGGCCCGCGCAAGCAGAGCCUUCUCGGCCACCGCCUCCGGCGCCGGGGGGAGAGGCCUUCCCAGUGCCCCAGGUGCGACCGGAAUGCUCUCCCGAAGAACAGCCUGGCGGCUCCCCAGGGCCAGCCCAGCAGGGGGAGGCUGGUCUCCCGUGGCGAAGGUGACCUGGCCCUCCCAGGGAAGGCACGGCGGGCCAGCUUGCGCUCGGAAGGGAAGCCAGGCCCGUGGCCGGGGGCCGCGGAGACUGUCCGGCACCGUCCCGCCGGGGAGAGGCCGUUGUCUUGCCCCGAGGGUGGCGAGCGCUUCGCUGCCGGGUCCCAGCUCGCCAGCCACAAACGGGUGCACGCGGGAGAGCGGCCCUUCCGGUGCCGGGAGUGCGGCGACAGCUUGCGCCCGAGCGGCUCGCUGGAGGUCCACCGGCGCGCGCACGGCGGCGGCAGACCCUUCUCCUGCGCCAAGUGCGGCAAGGGCUUCGCCAAGCGGUGUAAGCUCACGGAGCACGUCCGAGUGCACAGCGGGGAGAGGCCCUUCGGGUGCGCCGACUGCGGCCGGAGCUUCCGCCAGAGGGGACAGCUGCUGCGGCACCGGCGCCUGCACACGGACGAGAAGCCCUUCCAGUGCCCGGAGUGCGGGCUGAGCUUCCGUCUCCAGAGCAUGCUGAGAGCACACCGGCUCCGGCACGGCGGGGAGAGGCCGUUCUCCUGCGGCGAGUGCGGCAGGGGCUUCGCGCACCGCUGCAAGCUCCGGGAGCACCUGCGAGUGCACAGCGGGGAGAGGCCCUUCCGGUGCCCCGAGUGCGGCAAGAGCUUCCGCCUCAAGGGCAUCCUGAAGGCCCACCAGCGCACCCACAGCAAGGAGAGGCCCUUCUCGUGCGGGGAGUGCGGCAAGGGCUUCACCCGGCAGUCCAAGCUCGCCGAGCACUUCCGCGUGCACAGCGGCGAGCGGCCCUUCCGCUGCUCCAGCUGCGACCGCAGUUUCCGCCUCAAGGGGCAGCUGCUUAGUCACCAGCGCCUGCACACGGGCGAGAGACCCUUCCAGUGCCCCGAGUGCGGCAAGAGCUACCGCGUCAAGGCCGACAUGAAGGCCCACCAGCUGCUGCACGGCGGCCAGAUGCCCUUCUCCUGCGAGUGCGGCAAAGGCUUCGCCAAGCAGUCCAAGCUCAUCGAACACGUCCGGACGCACACGGGGGAGAAGCCCUUCCAGUGCCCCACGUGCGACAAGAGUUUCCGCCUGAAGGCGCAGCUGCUCAGCCACCAAGGCCUGCACACAGGCGAGAGGCCCUUCCACUGUCCCGAGUGUGAUAAGAACUUCCGGGAGAAGGGACACAUGCUGAGGCACCAGCGCAUACACAGGCCCGAGAGGCCGUUCGCCUGCGGCGACUGUGGCAAGGGCUUCAUCUACAAGUCCAAACUUGCCGAACACAUCCGCGUGCACGCCAAAUCCUGCAGUGCCCCCAGCGAGCCUGACGUCAAGAAGAGGCUCAGCCAGCUGUUCGCAAUGAUCGAGGCUGACUGGAGUUGAGGCCGGGAAGGGCGUCCAGAGCCUUCCGCAGGCUUGACAUUCCCUGGGAAUCCACAGCAGCCAUAGCGAAACCCGCCGGGAGACAGAUUUUAGGAACAGGGGCCCUUUUUUGAGCAAGAAUGGAACCAAGUUAGGAGUAUGAGAAGCCACAAAGGAUUUUCUUGGCUAAAACAUCACCAGGAAGGGGCGCCUGGGUGGCCCAGUCACUUGAGCAUCCGAGUCCUGAUUUCGGCUCAGGUCAUGAUCUCAGGUUGGUGGGUUCGAGCCCCAGAUCUGGAUCCAUGCUGACAGCCCGAUCCUGCUUGGGAUUCUCUCUUACCCUCUGUCUCUGUCCUUCCCCCCGCUCAGGCGCGGGCGCUCUCUUUCUCUCUCUAAAAUAAACAUUUAAAACAUCACCAGUUCUAUUUCCUAUCCAUUGAUAAAAGAGAUACCUGUUCUUCUUACCAUCUUAAGUGGUAAUUUCCCCCCAAAUGUUCAGCUAGCUCUGAAAUCCCAGCUUGAAUUAAGACAAAAGGAAAUCCUUCCAGUACUGUUCCCAAAGUUGAGGAGAUGAGGUGGCUAUUAAAUGUCCACUGUUCUCUUUUUCACAGUAUGAUUCUAAAGUGGGGGUUCAGGUAUGUGUGAAUUUUGUUGCAGCCCUGAUAUAAUGUUGAAUUUGGUUUUGAUUCAUUUAUUUUGAAACUGUGAGCAAUAAAACAAGUUCUCUGAA